UUUUACGUUUUUCAGGGGACCAUGGGAAAAUGUAAAAUCAGGGAAAUAUCUUGCGAUAUUUUGUAAGCUCCAGGAUAGGUGCGCAUGCGCAGUGUGUAUUACCAGCCGAAAGUGGUGACUCUGACCUUCCCAAUAUGGCGCCCACGAUGGGAAAACUUUACUUCCUAAAGUAAGUGCCCUUUUUAGCUGAAAAAGAAGCAAUUUGCUAGCGAGAGGCAUGUUAAAAAUCCCGGGAAGAGAGCUAAAUGGCGGGAAAACGUAAAAUCCGGGGACAUAAAUUCGGGGUUCUACUGUAGUUAAUUUGGGUUAAAAAAAAGUCUGAAAAGUUCAAAAUUUUCUAACUUGUCCGAUCGACUUAACAACCGAUCACCAUGGUUUAAAAAUGAUCAGGGCAAUAAUUCAGAGCCCAUGUGUGCAUGGUCCAAAAAUGAUAUUGGUGUGUGCUAGAAUGCCAGAUGGAGGCAAUUUACCCCCUGACAGUGUAUAUCAUAGCCCCUCUGGGGCACGCUGUAGACUUACUCAGGAGAAAUGUGCUAAUGCACAUACUGACUUUUCCUCACUUCUCUGCAGAAUUCCAACUUGUGCCAAGCUGAGUACACAAACACACACACACCCAGGCUUAUAGAGCACACGAUCCAGAGAGCACAGUGACUAUUGACUGGUGUGUCUCUGAGCAGCUUGCAUGAUGGGGUCUCCCCAGAGGGAAAUUCUAUGUAAGGUGCUGGUAGUGGGUGACCUUGGUGUGGGAAAGACGUCAAUCAUCCAGCGUUAUGUCCACAACGUUUUCUCUCAGUGCUACAGGGCUACCAUUGGGGUGGACUUUGCUCUAAAGAUUGUAAACUGGGACCUGAACACCAUGGUCAGACUGCAACUCUGGGACAUUGCAGGACAGGAGAGAUUUGGUCACAUGACACGGCUAUAUUACCGUGAGGCAGUGGGUGCCCUCGUGGUAUGUGACCUAGGUCGGGUGGCCACAGUGGAGUCGGUGUCUCGUUGGAAAGAAGAUCUAGAUUCAAAGGUGUGCUUGCAGAAUGGGAACCCCAUCCCAGUCAUACUUCUUGGGAACAAGUGUGACCAAGUUCCCUUGGGUACAUCCGCUUCAAAUCUGGAGCAGCUUGGCGAAGAGCUGGGAUUUAGUCACAGUCACAUGACUUCUGCCAAGGAGAAUGUAAAUAUUGAAAUGGCAAUCUCUUCUCUAAUUAAAGAAAUGAUUGCCAAUGAUGAAGACUAUGAGCCCAGAAAUGAUCCCAAUAUUAUCCAGCCAUCUCUGCACCCCUCAGUGAACAAGGCUUGUUCUCAGUGUUCUAGGCUCUGACCUGCAGUGUUUGAAUCCAAUUUUAUUUAUAAAUGUGCAUAUUCGUGUACUGUGUAUAGGCCUGUAUUUUGUGGUGGCAGGGGUAAAACUUUGUGGGGCUUAAUCUAGUCUGUUCAUCUUACCAUAUUAGCUCCCCCUUUAUAUCCCUUCCCAGAGGCUAUUAUCCCCACUGCUACUAUAGGCACCAUCCCUCCCUACUAUACCUGCUAUCCCACAGCCC